AUGCGGCAGCUGGCAGCGAGGCGGGCGAGUCUCUCAGCCAGCGUCAAGAUCGGGGAUCGCCGCGGCUGCUGCUACAGGACCCCGGAGGAGGAGGAAGUGCACAUUCCGUUCGCACAGGACAGCCUGGUGAAGCGAUGGAGCUCCAUGCAGAACGUGGCAGAUGUGAGCCAGGAGGAAAGCAAAGCUCCCGUCCAAAGGAACAAGUUCCUGCUCAACAUUAACGUGGGUGGCAAACCGUUCCAGAUCGCCUGCAAGGUGGCAGCCCAGUACCCUGUCACCAGGCUGGGCAAGCUUGCCCUCUGCACGGACCCCAUGACAAAGCUGCAGCUCUGUGAUGACUACUCGGUGCAGAAGAAUGAGUACUUCUUUGACAGGGACCCUUCCAUCUUCCACUACAUCUUCCACUUCUACUGCAGCGGAGUGCUGUGGAUCAUGGAUGAGAUGUGCCCCAGCAACUUCAUGGAGGAGGUGGAGUACUGGGGGAUCCACCUGAAGUACAGCCAGCGCUGCUGCCGCAUCCUCUUUGAGGAGAAGCAGGACGAGCUCAACGAGUACCUGAAAAUAGAGAAGGAGCUGGAGGCAGAACUGGAGCCCGUGGACUUGUCAGGGAAGUUUGAGGGCAAGUUCCUGGGGCAGUUCCGGGGGAUGGUCUGGAACCUGAUCGAGAACCCCUACUCCUCAGUGGCAGCUAAGAUCAUUGCGGUCAUGUCAAGUCUCUUUGUGCUCAUCUCCAUCGUGGGCAUGACGCUCAGCACCGUGGAGGAGAUACAGCACAAGACAGGGAAGGUGUGGAUGGAGCAGCUGGAGGUGGUCUGUGCCAUCUUCUUCACCUCUGAGUACAUCAUGAGGCUCAUCUCCUCCACCAGCUUCAAGAACUUCCUGCGUGCGGCGUUCAAUGCUGUGGACCUGGUGGCCAUCCUGCCCUUCUACGUCCAGAUCCUCUUCGAGAGCCUGGACGAGGCAGAGACUCUGUACCAUGAGGAGCUGCACAAGGUGGAGAACGUCAGCAAGCUGGGCAAGGUCCUCAAGCUCAUCAAGCUCAUGCGGAUCUUCCGCAUCCUCAAGCUGGCGCGGCACUCCACCGGGCUGCGAGCCUUCGGCUUCACCAUGCGCCAGUGCUACCAGCAGGUCUGCUGCCUCUUCCUCUUCAUCGCCAUGGGGGUCUUCACCUUCUCCGCCCUCAUGCACUCGGUGGAGCAUGACGUGCCAGGAACCAGCUUCACCAGCAUCCCCUAUGCAUGGUGGUGGGCAGCGGUCAGCCUCUCCACCGUGGGCUACGGAGACACAGUGCCCGACUCGGUGCUCGGCAGGAUAGUGGCGUUUGCCUGCAUCUCCUUUGGCAUCAUCCUCAACGGCAUGCCCAUCUCCAUCCUCUACAACAAGUUUUCUGACUACUACGCCAAGCUGAAGGCUCACGAGAACGAGCUCAACCAGGCGCUUAAGCCCUGCCGCAGGGUCCGGCUGAAGGAGCGAGUGCUGCGCAAGCUGUCCGAGUGCUGCGGCGCCGACCCCCGCGGCCCCCGCUGA